AUGUCCGAUUACCCGGAGCCACCGUCGCACAUGGCCAUGCAUUCUCAAACCGGGGAUGAUUCCCCGGGCGAUCGGGCAGCAUUCUCCAUGGGUUCGCACCCUGGCGCCACCUCCACUGAACCCGAGGAUCAUCAGGUGGAUCUUAAACGGCCCCGGGCUUGCGAGCCUUGUCGCCAGCUUAAGGUCCGGUGUGACCCGGAUCCAAGUAAUCCUGACGGACCUUGUAAGAGAUGCGCCAAGGCUCGUCGUACAUGUGUUGUGACGGCGCCGACUCGGAAACGCCAGAAGAAGACGGACAGCCGGGUGACGGAGCUGGAGCGAAAAAUCGAUGCUCUAACUGCUACGUUACAGCAAUCGCAUAGUGGUGCGUUUGGGGUGGCGCCUCCAGCGCAACAACAGCCGUCACAGCCGCCCAAUCGCGACGACCAGCCUUCCAAUCGGUGGUGGAACCCUAGUUUGGCGGGGAAUAAGCGCAGCCACGACGAGCUUCUGGCUUCGCAGUAUUCUCGUUCUGACAGUCCAUCUGCAGAGCAAAUACACAAACCCACAGCCUCGAAAUGGCGUGGUCCCUUUGCCGGCGAGACUGCACCACCCAAGGUUGAAGCUGCCACUGAAUUUGUGGAUGUGAUUGAUAGAGGACUCGUCGAUAUUGAAACUGCUCAUGCUGCCUUUAACCGCUAUGUCAAUCAAAUGGCAGUGGAGAUGCCUAUUGUGGUGUUUUCGCCAGGCACGACCAUGGCCGAUGUGCGCCGUGGGAAGCCUACAUUGUUUUUGGCCAUCCUUGCUGUUGCCAUGGGCAAAUUCAACAAGGAGGCUCAGCCCACCCUUUUGACUGAGAUUUAUAAAUUGAUAGCUGAUCGCGUCAUUGUUAGAGGUGAAAAAUCUAUCGAGAUUGUCCAGGCGCUCUUGGUCUGUACAAUCUGGUACAUGCCUCCAGAUAAUCUCGAGGAGCUCAAGUUCUAUCAGCUCGUUCACAUUGCUGUGGUCUUGGCUAUGGACCUCGGCCUCAACCGCCGUUCUCAGGGAGAUCUCAAACCUUUUGCGCGUCUCAGAGAGAUGCUCAUCAAAAAGCCCCAGGGUCCAAAUGUUGAUCUUAGUGGGCCGGAGGCGAAACGAACAUGGUUGGGAUGUUAUUUCAUGUCCGUUCAGGUGACCGUGGCCUUGAGACGAACCCAUCUCGUCAGGUGGCAGCCGUACAUGGAUGAUUGUCUUCAGGUCCUGGAAACACACCCCGAGGCCUUACCAUCUGAUCGGCAAGUUAUUUGGUGGGCUAAACUUGGUUUCAUUCUGGAAGAGGCCGGAGUGCAGCUCUUGAGCGAUGAUUCCGAGGCUCCGACCUCGUUUGCAGAUAGCAAAACGCGGUACACCAUUAGGGCAUUCAACAACCAGCUGACGCAAUGGAGGAAGGAGGUCCCGGAGGAAUUAUUCACAAUUCCCAUGGCACAUACAUACUAUGUCGCCAACCUCUUUGUGCACGAAAGUGCUAUGAGCAUCGAUUGCAAACAGAGCGUCAUCCCCAAAUCCCCAGGAAAUGACGACUUACCCACCUCGGCUAUUGCGCCGCUCAUUGAUGCACUCACUACAUGCAUCCGCUCGAUCCAUCAAAGUCUGGAUGCAAUUCUGUCAGUCGACAUAGAGCGUCUGACGUGCCUGCCGACUGUUGCUCUGGCCCGAACAUCUUACCCGGUUAUCAGUCUGAUCAAAAUCUACUCUCUCCUCACUGCGAGUGAAACACGCAUUGGUCAAGUCAUCGACAUGCAAAGUCUCAAACUCGAAUCCUACCUCGAAAAAGUCAUCAAUCACUACCGCGCCGCAGCAGCUCUUAAUGAAGGUAGAGCCCCUUCCAAAUUCGGAAACAUCAUAAUGAUGCUACGGAACUGGUUCAUCAAGAAGAAAGAAAACGGACCAGCAUUGAGAGAGAUUUUUGGAACCGAGAUGCGGUCAGACACACCGACUGAUAAACCAGCUCGACCACAACUUGAUCAAAUUAAACAAGGCGCAACACCACUCGAUCUCCUCAGCGAAGUCGCCACAGGAAACCAACCCAGCCGAGCCCCCUCGAACGGCUCAAUCUCGCACCAUUCUCACUCCGGCCAAGGGUCACUUUACUCCCCAGCAACCAUAAAUCAAAAUAAUCCAAGCUCAACAACGCCUGGAACCCCGUUCGCUCCAGCUGAAGCACCGACAACAUCAUGGCCAACACCGUCCUUCACACCCUCCAUAUCCGGCCCCUCACAUCCAAACAUGGGCAGUCGCGCUUUCUACCAACCCUUCACACCAACAGACCGCGCAACGCCGUAUAACGGUGCACCUUCUACGAUGGGUGGUACAUAUGCGGAUAUGUCGACAGGCAUGCUCGGGCAGUCGAUGGGCAUGGACACUAGGUUGGGCAUGGAGGAAACGUUUGAUCCGGAUAAUCUGUUUGCGCUGGGAACCAUGAUGGAUGAGGGCUUGUUUACGUUCCCGUUGGCUUUUGACGGAAAUUUCCAGUUUUAA